AUGCUGCCAUCCGAAGUCGACCUCGACAACAGCGAGCAGGCAGCGAACAGCGUCGAGCUCGAACACUGGUUUGCAUCGCAUCGGCACUUUGCUGGGCGGCGCUCACCACACGACCAUAGCAUCGACUCUAGCAGAGGUUGCAAGCAGGAAGCGCGAUAUACACCGUGUGGGGAUGCUGCAGGCGACAGGGGCUACCUCGUUUCUGCGCUCGUUCAGCAGCACAUGCCUACACGCGCCGUCGCUACUGCUAGCAAAGCCGUCCACGCGCGAUCUGCCCACGCGCGACACACCGGGGCGGAUCAGCACGCGCUCACGACGGCGGACAUCGCCGCUAUUCGACCGCGCCUCCCUGCGCAGCACCUCCUUCGGCUCUCGCCCCCCACGCCCUCCGCCUCCGCGGCGUCCCUCGUCCUCGCUCGCACGGCUCACGGCGCGGAUUGA